AUGCAGGCCGCCCAGCGCAGCAAGGGGCCCGCACCCUCCCCAGGCGCAGACCCCGCCGACCCCGCCGGCGCCGCAGCGCAGCCGCCCCGCGGCGAGUCUGGCGCGUGGCGCACGACGGUGCGGCUGUACCAAGACCGUGGGCUGGCCGGCUUUUACCAGGGGCUGAGGCCGAGCCUGGUGAUGGUGGUCAACCCCACGAUUCAGUAUGUGCUAUAUGAGUGGCUCGUGGCCCGCCUGCGCGCGCUGCGGCGCCCCGCGGCCGCCGCCGUCGGGCGGAAGCCGCGGAUCGGGGCCGCUGACGUGUUUGUUCUGUCAUCUCUUGCAAAGGUCGGAGCGACGCUGUGCACCUACCCAAUGCUGGUCGUCAAGAGCCGGCUGCAGGUGGGAGGGAUGACCGCUGCUUGA